AUUUAAUAGAAGAAUGAGGGUUGCUGACCAGAGAAUGUCUGUGCUGACGGACUAUCCUACUUCGAAAAGUGAGAGCUGAAUUUCGGUCUUUUCAUAAUUUUGAGUAGGACUAUGGGUUGUUGCUUUGCUCCUCUGUGCAGACAUCGAAGUGGAGGUCCUUCACGCUGCUCUUUGUAUAGAUUUCCAGCGAAUGACGUAAAAAGAAGACUGUGGACUCGCGCGCUGAGACGUGCAGAUCGGAAACCUAACAAUAACUCCCGGGUCUGCAGUUGCCAUUUCCCCAAAGGGAAGGACCACCCGCCGGUUUUGUUUCCACAAAACUUGAACUUCUCGACUGGGGCGACAGAAGCGACGCAAUUGACCCGCAAUUUAAUUUGGCAACGGAUGACAGUGGUCGUACCAUGGUUUGCUGUGCAGCAACUGGAUGCAGCAAUCGGUCCGAGCAAGGAUUUCGAAUGUAUGGCUUCCCAAUUGAAACAUACCGCAGGGAAAAAUGGUUGGCAAUGGUCAGCAGAAAAGACCUGGAUUUUACUGGGAACUACAACAACAGAAAACUGUGUCAAGCACACUUUGAAGAGGACCAGUUCAUUGGAACAAAGAGACAGAUGAGGCUGAGAUCUGAUGCAGUCCCAACAAUAUUCCCACAUCUCCCCAAGCCCCAGCGGAAAGAGGGCCCUUCGUUGAGCGUACCUGCACCAAUGGUUAAUAGAGUGAUCGUUGACCAUGCAUAUUAUAAAACAUCAAGCUCUGGACCACCAGAACAUGAAAUGCAGGAGAAACACCCUGAGCUGCCCUCGCUCAAUGGAGUUCUAGUGACUGACAAAGAGAGAUUGACCACUGAUACUACCCUCACUGACAAAACUGUGGCACAUCCACCAAUUGAAUCGCCUAAAGGUUCAGCAGGUGUCCUAACUAAGGAAGCUGUCGAAGUGAAAGAAGAGGAUAUUAUUGAAUUUAUCGUUGGGGAACCUGGAGAGAGGACUACACAUACUACUAAUGUUUCUGAGUCUCCUGAGAUGUACAGCAUUGUGGGGCUCUGUGCAGUGGGAACUUGGGAACAAGGUCCAGUGGAGAACAUCACAAACUUGAAGUUUCAAACCACCACUACCCAGAUUGCCCAGGCUGUAAUGGCAAAUCUCAAGAACGAGAAUGACUUCCUUCGAGUCCAGAUUGCAAACCUGGUCUCAGAACUGAAUGUGAAGCAGUGGGCACAUGCACAGGAACUCCGUGAUCUCCAGGAGAGACUGGAGAUGUUGAAACAGAAGUGUUCAUGUGGGGCCUUCUCAGAAACGACAAACAACACCUCAGAGGUGGUGCUUUCAGAUGCCAUGGUUGCCGAGAUAAAGACAGAACCUUUAACAUGUUAACAGGUUGGACUUGCAGGGAAAUAAGAAUGACUAAAAACAUUACAUGUUAUAUCAUAUUUUGUUGUAGAACAACAACUCACUUUUCACUCAUGAUUUCAUCAUGACAUUGUAAAUUCAUGAAAAUACUGUAGAAUGUCCUUUUUGUAACAUUAGAGCCAAGAGCCUUUCUUCAUUUGGUAUAUAAUAGUCAGGUUCAGACAAGUUUCAGUGAAGAAGACGAACAUGAGAGGAUCAGUUUCCAUAAUCAAUACUUUAAUGACCAAAAGGAAUAAAUAGAUUUGUUUUGAAAAUGCA